UAUAGGUUAUGUUAUGAUACGAUUUUCAUAAAGAAUUACAAAAUAACCCAAUAUGUUUAAUAUAUUUAGAGAAUACUGGUUCGAAAUAAAUUAGUCUUAUCUAAAAAAUAAUGAUUUUUUAAUCGGUAAACUUAAAUAAUCGAUUCUUAGCAAAAUGUUCGGUGGCAGACGGAGAAAUAGGUCCAACUACGGAUUCGGGCGUAUUGACACCGAAGUCCUGGAAGCGACCCCGGAACAUUUGCGUAUCGAAAUUGACCAAAUAUUUAAGGACUUUCUUACCAACAGUGAGUCUAACGAAUACAUAUUCCCAUCAAAUCUUAACAAUUUACAAAGGAAAUAUAUUCAUGAAAAAGCUAAAGCUAUGAAUAUAAUAUCAAAAUCUUAUGGUAAUGCACCACACCGUAAAUUACAUAUUAAAAAGAAGCCCAAGUCGCCUUUUUGCCAAUCAUUUGGUAUAACACCAUGCAACCAAUCGCUGCAGAUUUUGGCUGAGUUUAUGCACAUGGGGGAACCCAUUCAUGUGCCAAUCAGACCACAGCCACCAAAACCACUUAAUGAUAUAAUUUAUGGAAAGCUCACUGACAUGCCAGCAGUUAAUGUUAAGCCUCCAAACCCCCCUGAGGCUAUUUUACAGUUUAAAGAAAACCUCCCUGUUACUGCCAUGAGAGAGGAAAUCAUGGAGAAGAUUAAUAACAAUCAGGUACUGGUUUUAUCCUCAGAAACAGGCUCAGGAAAAACCACCCAGAUUCCCCAGUUUCUCCUGGAAGAUAUGCAUGAAAAGGGGCUGCCCUGUAAGAUAAUUUGCACUCAGCCAAGAAGGAUUUCUACAGUUUCUGUUGCGUCCAGAGUCGCAGAGGAACGAGGCGAAUGUUUAGGUGAAUCGGUCGGUUACCACAUCAGAUUAGAACAAAACUAUGGCUCGAAAACGGGACUCAUCUACUGCACCAAUGGUGUUCUGCUGAGAUCAUUGAUGGGUAGCAGCAGAAUUUUGAGCAAUGUGACUCACAUUAUCGUUGAUGAAGUUCAUGAAAGGGACAGAUUAUCAGACUUUUUACUAAUUUGUAUAAAACAAAACUUAAGCAAACAUCCCAAUUUGAAAGUAAUUCUGAUGUCUGCGACCGUGAACGUAGACAAGUUCCGGAACUACUUCAACGCCGACGUUCUUACGCUUCCAGGACGUCAGUUUCCCAUUCAGGAAUUCUUCCUGGAUGAUAUUCUUGUAAACCUCAACUACAUGUCUCGAGCCAUGGCUGAUUUGAAAGCGCGAGGUGGAGUAGAAGUCAACACGCCAAUCUCCAGUAUUUGCGAAUAUCAAAACCUCUCGAUGGACCGAGAAUUGGAACUGUACGCGAGAUGCAACGGAUUAUAUAUGGAGCCCAGUUCCCAAAUUCGGAUGUACAUAUUGUCCGAAAACGCUGCGGUCGACUAUCAACACUCGCAAACAGGUAUUACGUCACUUAUGAUGGCGGCAGCCUUCGGUGAUGAGAAUCUCCUAGCUGAACUGAUUCAGUUAGGCGCAAACGUCAACAUCCAGUGUCGUAAUGGUAAGACGGCUGUGGAUUAUGCACUCGAGAACGGCCAGGAGACCGCCUACCGUAUCUUGACCUAUUACAAACAUUCGCAGGAACCGCCGCACGUAAAUGCCUCUAAGGAAUUGCUUUCUCUCUAUGACAAAACCACUGUGGACGAUGAAAUCGACUAUGACCUGAUCGUGGCGUUACUCCAGAGUAUCCACAACUCCAAUCAGGAAGGAGCUAUCUUGAUUUUCUUGCCUGGGUAUGAUGAUAUAAUGAUGUGUAACGACCGCAUUCAAGAGUGUGGUUUGAGCAAAUCGUCGUUCCGUACGUUCUUCCUGCACGGAUCCAUGAACAUCCGAGAUCAGCACGAUGUAUUCAAACACUUGCCAGGCAACCAGCGCAAGAUUAUCCUUUCGACGAACAUCGCCGAGACUAGUAUCACCAUCGACGACGUCGUGUUCGUCAUCGAUUGCGGCCGUGCUAAGGAGAAAUCCUAUGAUUCGUAUAACAAGUUAUCGUCCCUGCAAACGCAGUGGAUCUCGCAAGCGUGCGUCAAGCAGCGUGCCGGAAGAGCUGGGAGGACUGGCCCCGGUGUCUGCUUCCACAUAUUCUCCCAUCAGCGUUACACCAACAUGGACAAAGAACGAGUUCCUGAAAUUCUACGAGUAUCACUGGAAGAGUUGUGUCUUCACACCAAAAUUCUUGCUCCCCGGAACAUGGAUAUUUUCACGUUUCUGGCACAAGCGCCCGAUCCGCCCUCUGCCAAUUCCGUCAAGGUGGCUAUCGAAAGUCUGCAAGCUUUGGGGGCGCUCGACGAGAUGGAAAAUCUCACUAAAUUGGGCGAAUACUUAGCUCAGCUUACCAUCGAGCCUCGACUCGGUAAGAUGCUUAUCCACUCAGUCAUCCUCCGCUGCAUGGAACCCGUGUUGACUCUCACGGCCUGUAUGGCACACAAGGAUCCAUUUCAAAUGCCGCCUCAGGCCAAUCUGCGAUCGUGCGCAGGCGAAAGACGUAAAUCACUUAUCUAUGACGUGCCCUCCGACCACCUGAUCUUCCUCAAGGCGUUCAUCAAGUGGCAGGACGAAUGUCAGCGCGGCCGCGGCUAUGAUUUCUGUCGUGAAUAUUUUAUUUCCAAGUCCGCCAUGGAAGCGAUUCUGGAUACGAGGCGUCAACUUCUUAGCCAACUCAGAGCGAUGGGGUUGAUUCCCCAGGUAAACAUUCACGAGUUUAAUAAACUGGCUGAUAGUUGGCCGCUGGUCAAGGCUGUGAUUAGUGCGGGGUUGUACCCCAAUUUAGCGUUCCCCAGCAACGCAUCGACUGUCAGUACUAGGCACGAGAAAAAGGUGUAUAUACCACAUACGAGCGUUCUAUCGAAGGCACCAAAAAUUGCCACGUGGCUAGUAUUCGACGAGCUCGUCAAAACCAAAAAUAAUUUUGCGAUCAAGGGAAUCACUGCCAUCUCACCCAUUACGAUCGCUUUGGUGUGCGGCAACGUGACGGAACCUGUGUGUGGGAGUACAUUCCUUGUGGACAAGUGGCUGGAGAUAGAGGGCAUCAACGAGUUCAUUUUGCGAUUCAGAAUGUGCGUACGUCACCUCGUUGACAAGGUAUUAUACAAUCCAUCAGCCCCAUAUGGGAAAUUUGAGACCAGGAUCGUGCAAACGUUGCACUCCGUCCUGAUGUAUGAGGACCAGAACCUGAGACUACCGCAAGCUGCCGGAAUAGGAGUCAGACCUUCUUUCUUCCACAACAUACCCGAUAGGCGCAGAUUUCCGUCCGAUGAUUCGCAAUACGGAGUGCGUUCUCACAACCACUUACACCGACGUUCUCACAACCAUGGUUUAAUGAACCAGGAAGGGUUCGAACGCAAUUUUCAGUCGGCGUGCACCUUGUACGAUUACUCGCAGGCGAGUAAUUUUGGGGAGAAAUUAAUAGAGGAGCGUUUUCCGGAUAUACAGGACGAUGUCAUUUACGUUCUUAUCAAGCCGAAACAGGUUAAAAGUGUGAACAUUGCUUUUAGCAAGCACACUUGGGUUUUUUCACCGCAAACUGAGAAGAAGAUCAUGCAUUAUAGUUCGAGAGAAAAGGAGGUCAGAUUGAUCUUCACUGUGCUCGGCAGUUCUAUAUUUCAAGGUAUCGCCAAGUUUGUCAGUUUUAAUAAAAUGGUUGGCAAGCCCACUGCUACACUUGAUUGGUUGUACAAAUUUGAUUUACCUUACAACAAAACAAGACACUUGCGCAAUCCUUACAAUAAGGACAGGUCGAUUUAUGACGGUUGUGAUGGUCAGUUGAUAGAAAAGUCAGUUGGUGAAGAACUGGUGAGAGUCUAUGAUGAAUUUAUACAGCAACAACAGCAGAUGUCGCAAGAAUGAAAUUUUUUAAAGUUUUUUAAAACAAUCUAUUCUUGAUAAGAUAUUUUCCCCAGGGAAAUCUUUUGUAUGUGAUUUUAUUUUUUAUAAUUUUUACAAUAUACAGAAUUAAUUUCAA